AUGGACCCCGAGAAAGAACCCAGUGUGGUCCACCAAGAGGAAAGAACUGCAUCGGCAGGAAGAGAUAUGACCACGCGAGGCGAUAGGGAGGAAGUUGCUGAUGGCACUAUCAACCUCUAUGACUCCACGGGAACCAUCCAGUUGAUUCCAGUUCCAUCAUCGGAUCCCAAUGAUCCAUUGAGAAUCCCAGAGAGGCGCAAGUGGGCGGUUCUAUUCACGAUUUGCCUUUUUGCUGCUGCUGGAUUGACAGCUGUGCAAUCUAUUGCAGCCAUCUUACCAACCGUUAGUCUCUAUUAUCAAGACUUAGAUCCGAACAUGAUGUCCAUGGGUUCCGCUGGCAUGCCGCCAGGUGGUCUUCCUCCUAAUGGUCUGCCCCCUGGUGGUCUGCCUCCUGGUGUUCUGCCAUCGGAUGGUCUUCCUCCGAGCGGUCUACCCCCUGGUGGCAUUCCGCCCAGUGGUGCACUCAUUCGCCGCGAGACUCAUUACGAAGGCAUAUCCUUUCCAUCUGUGCCUGGAAAGCCGAGUCAACAGACCAUUAGUCAGCUUGGGACACUUCCAUCGCUAUUUGUUGGCCUGGGCGGAAUAUUGUCGAUCCUCGGGGCACAAUUAACUGGUACAAGGUUGAUGAUGGUCCUCGAUGCGGCUAUCGUAGUCGUAUGCCUGUGCUGGGCAGCAGCAUCCAAUGGCAAAGAUCACGGACUCUACUCUCAUAUUGGAGCACGUUGUGUACUAGGUCUCGGUGUGGGAGCAGUCGAGUCACUGGCGCCGCUCAUUAUUCAAGACAUCAACUACGUUCACAAUCGUAAUUCUAAACUCGCCGUCCUAUGGUCCACCGGUGGGAUUGUUGGGACAGGACUUGGUAUUGCGUCCACGUAUAUCGUUUCCGCUCUAUCUUGGAGGUGGUAUUACUGGAUUCUGGCUUUCAUCGGAGCCACUGCAUUAGUGUUGAUAGGCCUUGUUAUACCCGAGACUAGCUGGGCUCGAACGGAAGCCGACCUUGCGGGCCUAUCUCCUAAAGGAACGGAUGGCUUCGUUGAGCCUGUACGUCCGAGCGGUCGGGAUCGGUCCUACCUCUACAGCCUUCGACUUACUUCGAGCGAAACUGGCGCCCAGAAAAUGUGGGAGACUUGCACGGACCUUCUCCGGUGUGCUCUCUUCCCGAACAUCAUAUGGCUUGUAUGCCUAAAUGCAUGCUUCAUUGGCGUGGUUCUGUCGUCUGGUCUUGUCCUAGGCAAUGUUCUUGUCAUCAACUAUGGCUGGAGUCCGGAUAAAAUUGGGCUGUCCACUAUCCCCCUUGCUGUUUCUAGCUUGGUCGCGAUCCCUGUUAUAGGUUUUGGUGGGGAUAGGGUUAUCCAAUUCCUAGCCAAGAGGAAUAACGGGGUACACGAGGUCAGUACUUAA